GGUGCCCGUCACGCGGGGCGCACAGAUACGCGCAUGCGCAGUGCACAUCGGCGUCGAGGCGAAGUUACGGGUAGUGACAGGGCUCAGUGUGAUCCCAGCGCCGCGCUCUGUUCCGUCCUCCUGCAUAGUUUAGCUUUAGCUUAGCUUCCCCCCUCCAGUUGUUGUCGCCUCAUCGGCACAGACCACUUUUAAAUGUAGGACCAGGACAAGAUGGCGGAUAUUUCGCUGCUUCAUGAAGAUUCUCAAGAGGAGAUAGACGGGUGUAAGUAUUAUGUUGGUGUGGAUGACUACAGCUCAGAGUCUGACGUCAUUAUUAUACCUUCAGCCUUGGAUUUUGUAUCGCAAGAUGAGAUGCUGACGCCCCUGGGGAGGCUGGAUAAAUACGUCACGAGUGAAAACAUAUUUAACAGGCAGAUGGUGGCCCGCAGUUUGCUGGACACGCUAAAAGCAGUUAGCGAGGAUGAAAGGGAUUGUAUUGCAGUGCUCGAGAGAGUCAGCAGACUUGCGGAGGACUCGGAGCCUACAGUUCGAGCCGAGCUAAUGGAACAAAUUCCUCACAUCGCCAUUUUCUGCCAAGAAAACAGACCUUCCAUUCCCUUCGCAUUUUCAAAGUAUUUGCUGCCCAUUGUAGUGAGAUAUUUAGCUGACCAGAACAACCUGGUUAGGAAGACAAGCCAGGCAGCCCUUCUGAUGCUUCUGGAGCAGGAGCUGAUCGAGCGGGCAGACAUAGAGAAUCUCGUCUGUCCUGUACUUGUUGAUCUCACCGCCCCAGACAGCAAUGAUGAUGUCAAGACUGAGGCUAUGGCAAUUAUUUGCAAAAUGGCACCCAUGGUGGGGAAGGAUAUUACAGAGCGCCUCUUCCUUCCACGCUUCUGUGAGAUGUGCUGUGACUGCAGGAUGUUCCAUGUACGCAAGGUGUGUGCAGCAAAUUUUGGAGAUAUCUGUACUGUUGUUGGGGGAGAAACAACAGAAGAAUUACUGCUGCCACGGUUUUUCCAGCUCUGCUCAGAUAAUGUGUGGGGAGUGCGGAAGGCCUGCGCAGAGUGCUUCAUGACCGUAUCCUCGGCAACCUCUCAGGAAGUGCGCAGGACCAAACUCUCAUCUCUUUUCAUCAACCUCAUAAGUGACCCCUCCCGCUGGGUGCGCCAGGCAGCGUUCCAGUCUCUGGGCCAGUUCAUUUCUACAUUUGCCAGUCCGAGCACUAAUGUAGGCCAGUACUUCAAAGAGGGCACAGAGGAGGCUGACUGGAGAGGCCAGCAAUUGCACAACCGGGCUGGUGAGAAAUCCACAAGCACUAACACUCCUGCUACAGAAGACAGUGCUCAGAGCCUCCCACAAGAAGAAAAAGCUGCCUCGUCACAGCCCGACUGCAUUUCCCAGAAUCCACCAUGCACUCAGGAGCUUUGUGAAGGCCAGCUAUGCCAGUCAGAACGGGAAGGUUUGGAUAUAGCUGUGGAGGGUGGAGGGGAGCAGGCAGCCGAAGCUUUACCUCUGGAUGAGUCCUGUUGCCAUGUUGACGCAGAUAGGCCCAGUCCAAAGUGCCUUUCUGAGCUGUGUGAUCUAGACCAGGAUCAAUCGGCCAGGGAACCUCAGUGCUCACCAGCCACAUGCCCCACAGCACAGGACAGCCCCUCAAACACCUCUGAAGGCCUUGUGACGGAGGAUCCUACACACUUGAACCCGGACUCCACCACCAGUUCAGAGGUUCCCUCCAGUGCACUACCAAGCCAUGUGGCAGAGAAAGCGGAGAUACCAGAGCAGGAGCUGUAUAACUCAUUCCACUACUGGAGGACACCAAUCGCACAGAUAGACCUCGACCUGGAGCUGUUGGAGGAGGAGUUCGACAGUGAUGAUGAGGUUUCUGCCAGCUCCUCUACCCAGGUCUCCACACCUGCUCUGGACAGGAAGCAGCUGGAGGAGCUCAUCGAGAACCUGGAGCCCCACAUUGAUGACCCUGAUGUCAAAGCACAAGUGGAUGUGUUGACCGCUGCUCUGAGAGCCACGUCGCUGGACACUCAUGUUGAGGAAGCAUUCCUGGAACCUCGGCAGGCUCAUGACAACCAUUUCAGCUCUUGCCACGUCCCUCUCAUUGACUCUUCUGAUGUAGAGAGCCGAGAUUCCACCCUCCCGGUGAGUCAUGGUGAUGAUUUAGAGUUAAGUGAUAGCAGCAGUCCAGAGGAGGAGAAAAAAUCUAAGCAACAGGAUGUAGUCCCUCAGGCGCUGUUGGAUCAGUACCUGUCUAUGACAGACCCGUCCCGGGCGCAGACGGUGGAUAUGGAGAUUGCUAAGCAUUGUGCGUACAGCCUGCCUGGUGUGGCGCUCACGCUGGGCCGCCAGAACUGGCACUGCCUCAGAGACACCUUUGAGACGCUAGCCUCUGAUAUGCAGUGGAAGGUACGGCGGACACUGGCUUUCUCCAUCCAUGAAUUAGCCUUGAUUUUGGGCGAUCAGCUGACUGCUGAAGACCUGGUGCCCAUCUUCAAUGGCUUUCUUAAGGACCUGGACGAGGUGCGCAUAGGGGUCCUUCGACACCUCUAUGACUUCCUCAAGUUGCUGCAUCAGGAUACAAGGAGGAAGUACCUCUACCAGUUGCAGGAGUUCCUGGUCACAGACAAUAGUCGCAACUGGAGAUUCAGAUCAGAACUUGCAGAGCAGUUGGUCCUGCUGUUGGAGCUGUAUAGUGGGCAGGACGUGUAUGACUAUCUGAGGCCGCUGGCGUUCUGCCUCUGCAUAGACAGAGUCUCCUCUGUGCGGUGGACUUCCUACAGACUGGUCAGUGAGAUUAUCAGGAAACUUUCCACAUGUCCAGCGCUGUUGGUGGAUUUCCUUGGCGAGUUAGUGGAUAAAUUCUGCCACUCUCCAAAAUGGUCUGGACGCCAAGCGUUUGCUUUUGUUUGUCAGCUGGCUAUAGAGGAGGACUGUGUGUCGUUGGAUCAGUUCUCAGAGCACCUGCUGGCUCCUCUGCUGCAGCUGGCAUCUGACCCUGUGCCCAACGUUCGUGUGCUGCUGGCCAAAACCCUGCGCCAGAGCCUGAUGGAGCGAGAAUAUUUCCUACACUCAGCCAACUCGCACCAGGAGGCCCUGGAGCAGACACUGGUAGCUCUGCAGAUGGACAUGGACAAGGAUGUCAAAUACUUUGCCAGCGUACACCCAGGAAGCACACGCAUUAACGAGGACGCCAUGAGCACCACUUCCUCCACCUACUGAGCACGCACAUACAACACCCCUAGCUUUGUUAAUGGUAUAGGGGCUUGGAAUGGCCUCUGCCAUGGGCACAAGAACUGAGAAAUAUUUGCUUGGGGAGUCACUUCAACCAACUGUCCUUCCCUUAGAGCAACUCACUACAACAAAAAGUUUUUGUGAUCUUUUUUUUUUUGCCACAGAAGCCUUACAAGUGUCUUCCUUAAAACCAGAGAAUACUUGAAUAUCUGGAAUCAAAACAUCAACAAACUACAGUUAAAAAUGUCAGCAUAUCUCAGAUCCAGGGAAUGGAUGACUGCUAUUCCUUCACUCAUCCUCAUCUCCUCCUCUCUCUUAUUGAUGGACCUUCGUUAUUUUUUUCUCUUCAACAUAGCAGGAACUUUCAGCUUCACACAACCAUGUUAGCAGGAAAGACUGUAGCGCCAAGUGUUUCCCUUAUUUUAUCUCAUUUUCCAUUUUGAUACUGUACUGUGUGAGUGACUCAUAUGCUGCAGAUAUAUUCAACAUGGAGAGAGUAUAACCGCCUCAGGCUUUCCACACACCGUAGACUGGGAGCCGUUGUUUGAAGCCGGACAUGUUUUUCUUCAAGGGCUUGAGCCGAUAUUGUUUUAAAGUCUAGUGCAGCACAUUGUUGUGCCUGUGGGCAUGGGCUUCCCCUGGGACACAGGGAUCCAUGUCCUAUUGGAAAAGGAACUAUUGUAUUUUUAAACCAAAAUCACAAGCGGUCCAUUUUGCAGAGUAUGUAGAAAUUCAAUAUUGAAUCAGUGUGGUUGUUACACAUCACUCUGGGGUAUUUUAACAUGAAAAUAAAAGUGCUUCACUAUGAUCCAUGCAUCACAUGUACUGUACAUAUCCUUAUCAGUUUUUUUUUUUUUUUUUCAUUUUGAUCAGUGAUCAUGAAUAGAAUUGUUAUAUGUUCUCCUAACCUGUCCAAAAUAAAAGUUCAGAUGCAGUUGCA